CGACGACGACGCCGAGGAGGAAUUAUUAUCGUGGUGGGCGAGGAGGAAGAAGAAAUCUGAGGGAGGGAACAGAGCAGCUCCCCACCCACCCACCCCAAAUCCCCACGAUGCUCGCCGUCGCCAGGGACGGCGCCGACCUCAUCCUCUCCCUCCCGGAGGACGUGCUGGCGCUCAUCUCGGCGCACCUCCGACCCCGCGACCUCCUCGCGCUGUCCGCCGCGUCCCGCCGCCUCCGCCGCGCGCUCUCGGCCGACAAGGCGUGGCUGGCGCAGUGCCGCCGCCUGCUGCCCUCGCAGCCGCACCUGCUCGCGUGGCGCGCCGCCGCCGCGGGCUCCUCCCUCGCCGUCUGCCGCUUCCUCCACUCCGCCGCGCCGCUGCUCGGCCUCUGGGCGCACCAGAACCCCGAGCUCGGCAACCUCGUCGCUGCUGUCCCGGGCUUCCUCUCCGUCGUCGCCGCCCGCGCCAUACCGCAGGAGCUCUCCCCGCGCCUCCGCUGGGCGCCCGUCUUCGAGCUCCUUGCCGACGCCCACGGCCGCCCCGCGCUCCUCUUCCUCCACGGCCACCACCACGCCCACCUCUUCCCAGGCCUGCUCGCCUCCCUGCAGCCCCACGCCAACGUCAUCUUUCUCGAGGCGCACAUCGCCAGGGAUCCGUUCGCUUCCUCCUCCUCCUCCAGCCCACACCGCUUCGCCCGCCUCUCCUUCGGCGACCGCCGCCGCCUGCUCGACUCCCUCGUCGCCGCCUGUCGGGUCACGCUGCCGCCCGACCUCGUCGACGCCCCGCUCUUCGCGUGCUCCGAGGACGACCUCCCGCUGCUCGCCGCGCGCCGGGAGGCCAUGCUGCGCCUGCACAGGGAGUCCGCGGGGGGCAUGGUGCGCACGCCGGAGGUCCAGGGCCUCCUUCUGGAAGCCAGGAAGAAGGCGACAACGACGACCACGACCGACGGUGGGCACAGGAUUCCCCUGCGGAGGAGCCUCUCUGCCGUGGCGGGGUAUUUCAGGAACGGCCUGCGCCAGAUGGUCACACGGUCAGUGUCUGCAAAUUCCAGGGCCGACAAUGUGGACGCCAAACAUCUCUCCUUGUCUGACUUCCUACACGACGGGGAGAGUGUCGGGCUGAGCCUCCGCGGCGCAAGAAUGCGGCUGUCCACUUACCGUGCGUGGCCGAGCAUGCAUGACAACCGGUUCGCGCUCUACAAGCUCAGGGUGCAGGCGCCCAUGCCGGGAAGGGAGUACGCCGGUCUGUGGGGAGGCACAUUCGGGUGGCCACCGGGGCGGCCAGACGAUGGAUGCAAGCCCAAGAAGGCUCUCUUCUUUCUGCUACUCUCAUAUGAAGAGGACAGUGAGGGGAAGCUUCAGCUGAUCGCGACCAAGGUGUUGGAGGGAACACACUAUGUUGUCCAUCCCAAUGGGUCUUCAAUGUUUAUAACGAGGAUGAGUGAGCCAUCAACAGAGCCCUUUCCGUGGCAGACUGAUGGGGAGUUUGAUGUCGAGAGGAGCUUCGCAGGCGAGGGCAUUGCCAAUGGGUAUGGCUUCAGAUACCCUAGCUCAAAGCCUGGUUCAUUGUUUGUCCUCCAGAAUGGGCUACUUGCAUUUGUUUGGAGAGAAACCGGGGCCGUGCUUACCUUGCAAAGACUGGAUUUGGACGAACUGCUGAAGAAAGGGGAGCGUGUGCCUGCAUUGCAGCCAGUGCCGAACUUUGCUUACCUGACAAAGUCUUACUCCAAUGUUUUCACCAGUUUCCCUGUCGGCGCGGCUUCUCCCAGGUAAAAGGUGUGAGUGGAGGAGGAUGUAUCAAAUGAUCACCUGAUGCAGACAACGGAGAAACGGUCUCCAGGAUCAAGUUUAGCUCUUCUUGCUUGCCAUUUGCCAGGUGAUAGUCACCUGGCGAUGCUUCCAUAAUACAUACUACCUCGUGGCUGAAGGAGCAUAGCAGCAGCCGUAAUACUUUAGGAAUUCAAAUACUUUGUCAUGAAGGAAAUAGCAACCACACCCCAUAUUCCUUACUACAGCUAUUUUUCAUGUUUGUGCUAUAAAAUGAAACCAAUCUGGAGUGUAAAUUUGUAUGAGAUCUGUACAUCUCUUCACUAUAAUGCAGGCGAUUUAUACGAAGUCUAUACUGGAACAGCUUUCAGGUGA